AUGCAUAGCUCUGUAUAUAAAAACAUUCAUGCGGAAAGUCCGUUAGUAUUACCAUCUGGUAUUCAUUUUCAUCAUUAUUGUCUUGAUGAAAAUAAUAAAAAACGUAUUCAAGCAUUUCUCGAUACUCUUUUCGAUCCACAUCAAUCGUUUUCAACAACAAUAGAAAAACAUUUAACAACAAUCAAAUCGUAUAUAAGUGGUGGACAAUCAUUUGAAGAUUUUUGUCAAGAAAGCAAUGCAUUGUGUGGUUUUGUAUGGACUAAUGCAACUAUUAGUUAUCGUUGCCGCACAUGUGCAACGAAUCCGUGCAUGAGCUUAUGUCCGAAUUGUUUCCACAAUGGAAAUCAUCAAGAACAUGAUGCAAGUAUGUUUCAAAGUAUUGGCGGUGGUAUAUGCGACUGUGGCGAUAUUACAGUAAUGAAUCCAAAUAGUUUUUGUAAACAUCAUGGACCUAAUCGACUUCCGAAUGCGCCCAUACCACAGAGCCUUAUUCGAUGUGCACAAAUAGUAUUGCCAAGAUUAAUUCUUCGGUUAAUCCAAUAUUUACGAAGUCAUGCAACACCUAUUAAGUCUAAUCCGUAUUCAACUAUGGUAGACUUUAAUUCAUUGGCAUCUCUCUUUGAUUUAAUUGACGAUUUAAAUAAUGCUGGUUCAUCUAUUCGUUCGAUAUUUACUGAUUGUUUACUAAAUAGUGAAUUCUAUGAACAAUUCAAUACUCAAUCAUCAUUUAAUGAUCUUCCAAAUAUCGCAUACGACGUUUAUUUACAACAGUUAAAUGCAGCAACUAGUUUACUUAUACCGACAUCUUUACGCACGGAUAAUUCAUUAGCAUAUUUUCAUAUUAGAAAAGCGACAUGUCUUCUCGAUGAGAUAUUUUUCUGGCUAACACAAUAUCAAAUUCCCGAACGAUUAUUAAAAUUUGUAUUGAUGCUAUUAGCUGAUUUCAACUUCAAACGUUCAUGUAUUCAAUCAUUUCUUAAUAUCUAUGGAAUGUCAAUUGAUCGGUUGGCACAUUGUCGAAAUUCUCGCGACAGAAUAAAUAGUUCUCGAAUUGCACAAAUAAGUGUACAAAUGUUUUCUAAUACGGAUAUAAUAAUUCAAGCGAUAAAAAAAGAUUAUUUAAUAGAGCUAAUGCUUUCAUCACUGUAUUCCAUAUUUUCUAAUAUAUUAACUUAUUGUCAGUUACAAGAACCAAAAGAAAAUUAUCAUUUGGUAGUAUUUGAAAUAGAUUUUUCAAAAAAUAUGCACUAUUGGCCUAUUAUAUCCGAUUUUAUAAAUGUAUUAUCUCAUGAAAAUGCCAGCAGAGAAUUUCUAUCAGAGAAAAGAUUUUUUAUCACAUGGAUAAAAAUAAUUAGUUGGUUUCAAGGUAUGCAUGUUAAUCAUCACGGAACUGAAUCAGAACUAUUAUUACAAUCGAAUACAAAUUAUCUAUUUGCUUUUACAAUAGAAGCUGAAUGUUGUGCGAUGGUUUUAUGGAUAUUUCUUGCUCAUUUGAUGAAACCUGUAAGUCUUAAAGGUUUACAUUAG